CCCCUGUAAGUCAACGGUUUCCACUUAGAAAUAUCUUUUAUGUAAGAGAGAGAGAGAAACAGAAUGAGACUACAUAAGGGAAGUAGAUUUCGCAUCUACCUUCGCCUACAAACCAAACAGAGUCUGCAAUAAGAUAUUUCGCAAAUGCCUCGCCUAAUUUUGGUCUCCCUUUUAUUCACCUUCUCCUUCUCCUUCACCCUCACCUCUGCUUUCAGGUGGCAAUGUCCUGCCGCAGACGCGCAAGUUGUGGCCGAGAUCUUUGCGGCCCUCAACUGGACCUACACCGGCACCGAUUGCUGCCACCUGACCAACAUGAUCCGGUGCAAUCCGAACACCAGCAGCGUGACGAGCUUCACCCUCAACAGUUAUCAGUUAAAUGCCCCGAUUCCGGCGGCCAUCGGCAAGUUCGCCAACUUGCAGUAUGUCAGCAUCCACAACAUGCCGAACCUUCACGGAGGAAUCCCACCAUCCUUCGCUAGCCUCACCAAGCUCACCUAUCUGCGCAUCAGCGGCACCAACGUGUCGGGGCCCAUACCGACUUGGUUGAAUCGACUGACCAACCUGGAGAGCUUGGACCUAUCCUUCAACCAGCUCAGUGGCUCCAUCCCCCCAACUCUUGCCAAUCUUCCAAAGCUCACAAUGCUGCAUUUGGACCGCAACAUGCUGACCGGCCCGCUACCCGAUUCCUUCGGCCAGUUCCGUGGUGCCAACCUGCAGAUCUUCCUCUCUCACAACAGCCUUUCUGGCGCCGUUCCCAAAUCUCUUGCCCAAGCAGAUUUCGCUAGAAUCGAUCUCGACAGGAAUCAGCUAGUUGGCGAUCCAUCUCCCCUCUUCAACAACCGAUCCAAGUCAUUGACCAGCAUCAUUCUCUCCCGGAAUCUCUUCAAUUUCGACCUGACCAGUGUCGUCUUCCCCUCCGGCUUGUGGAUCUUGGAUUUCUCACACAACAUGAUAUACGGAAGCAUCCCCACGCAGAUUGUGGAACUACCCAACCUGCAGCAGUUCAAUGUGAGCUACAACAGGCUGUGCGGGGAAAUCCCCCAAGGUGGGAACAUGCAGAAGCUCGAUAGUUCGUCCUAUAUGCACAACCGCUGCCUCUGUGGACCGCCACUCUCCCCUAAAUGCUGAAAACCCGAAGAGCAGAUCUGCAAUCGAUCUCAUCCUGAGGGCUUGCCCAUGAAAUAAAUAACUCCGGCUCCAGUAUUUGUGGUGGAUGGAACUCAUAAAUAAUAUUUCAGAUUGGGCUUUCAAA